CUUAUUGACAUUUUUUCCAAACAUUUUUAAAAGCUAGUACAAUAGCUUUUAACCUAUUGACUGUGUUUUAACCCAAACCCAGCCAAAUGAUUCAGAUCCCAAAAAAGAGCUGCAAUUCCCAUCAGAUGUUGACCUAAAUUCGUGAGCGGUCCCUUUAAGAAACACAUAUUUACUUCCUGAACGUCACUGCAAAUGUAGCCUUCAUAACAACCGGUGGUAAAACGAACGUUUUGAACUACGGAAAGAUAUUGAGUAUAUAAAAAACGUGUCGUAGAGAUAUUUAAACUCAAAGCUCGCUGUAACAUGAGCAAAGAUGAUGGCAGGAAGAAAAAGAAAGGUCCAAGACUUGGCAGUGGCUGCUACUACACAUAUAGAGUCGGGCUUGCUGUUGCAUAGAAACCAGACUGAACUGAACUGUACAGUUUCUCCUACCAAGCUGAAGUGCCAACCAGUUUUGUGUGAAUCUGUUCAAAGUCUCGAGCCGGAGCGAAGCCAUUAUUUCAGCUACAACGAGCCUCAGCGCAGACUGCGGCAGGACUUUUUCAAUCAGCCCUGCAUCAGUUUGGCCAAAGCAUUCCUCGGCAAGGUGCUGGUCCGCAGGCGUGCCGAUGGCUCUGAGCUUCGAGGGAGAAUAGUGGAAACUGAAGCAUAUCUUGGAGGGGAGGACAAAGCCUCUCACUCAGCAGGGGGCAAACGCACCGAGAGGAACACAGCCAUGUUCAUGAAACCCGGCACAAUCUACGUGUAUCCGAUCUAUGGGAUCUACCUCUGCAUGAAUGUGUCCAGUGAAGGGGAGGGUGCUGCCGUGCUACUGCGCUCUCUGGAGCCCCUGCAGGGCCAGCCUGCGAUGAGGGAACUGAGAGCAGCUCGACGCAAAGAGGGAGCCCGGCAACUGAAGGACAAAGAGCUCUGCAACGGGCCCUCAAAGCUGUGCCAGGCUCUAAAUAUACCUCGCUGUUUUGACAGGAGAGACUUGGCUUCUGACCCCGAGUGUUCCCAUCUCCACCUUUGGGAUGCCUAAAGAGAGGUAGCUGGAGGCCUGGAACGAUAAGUGCUUGAUGUGCACUUCUGAAGCCGGCACGGACAAUUGUGUCAGACUCCCAGUGCACCAGUGCUUCCCCUUUUCACAGUGAAUCCAUAAGGCAUGUCUGGCAUGUAUAAAAUUAUUUAAUACUGUAAACAAAGGUUUGGCUCAAAGAUAAAAAAUACUCUGUAUUUUGUAACUUUUCACACACUAAUGCCGUCAUGUCAGUCAUCCGCAGAGCCUCCUUGGUCCUGAGCAUGUUGCAGAUGAAUCAGUAUGUGGGCAGUCAUGCUGUGUACUCCAUGGGAGACUGAAAGA